GGAUGGCGUGCCACGCGUUGCAGACAUCAAUACCGCUAGAGGGAUAGUCAAGCGAGCGCUCAACCGAAUGUGCCCGCUGCCUGUACAACAGAGAGAGUCCUGAAAGAUGGAUCUUUCAGCGCCCCGGAGUAUGUUAGCGCUGUGGCAACACCGCUAGUUUUUCUACAACCAAUGAUUGAUGGAGAUGCGGCUCCAAUCUGCCAACAUAGACGACAGAACGGCGGCCAACCAGAGAGCGCGAUGCCAGCGCCGAAGUUUCGCAUAUGAGACGCAUCGACGUGCACCGCGACCCGAGCAUCGACCUCUUGCAUCUUAACCACUGAACUGAACGCGCGUGUCCUAGACAAAGAACCUGUAGUAACUUCUUGUAAUACACCAUUAAAAUAAUGUGCCUGAGCAAAAGCCGCCAUAUUGGGACGCUGUGGGCCUGGAGCCGACGCCGACGCCGACGCAAAUCGCCAACGACCAUCACCGCCAGCCAUCGCCGCCAGAAGUACAGCCCGAAGACCAAAGAGGGACGGCAGCGGCGACUGGGACCGGAUCGGAAUAACGACGAACGACGGCGCCUAGCAACAAGGCGGCAGCGCGUGGCGGCCGGCGAAACGAGGGAAGUGCCGUGAGGGGUGCCCGUUCCUUUCCUGUUUCUUUCCUUGUUUAUUCCUACACCUUUUCUUUAACUUAACUUAAAUCCCUUGUCCAAAAAUUGCAUCGUAAAUUUAAAAACUUGAACAUUCCUAAACUCAGUGCAUUGACCUUUACUUAACCUUACAUGACAACUGACUUUAAACUUAAAGAACAUUGAAUUCCCUUCUUAAAAGAGUGCUUAUUGUGUAUUAAUUGCCUUCAUUUGUGUUUUACUUUCAGAAUAGUUCUUCAAAGUGUGACAAUCGUGUGUGAACUCGUAAAUUUCUAACCUCUUAAGCCACGUUUGCAUAUACCUACUGUUAACUUUAUUUCUGCUUAAAACGCCUAUCGGGGCUUUCUUAAUUACAUAAACUGCUGUGAAGUGCUAUUAUACAUUCCAAUUUUAAAGACGUACUUUUUUGUAAAACCAGUGAGAUUGCAUGUGCAUCUUUUUAUUUCGUGAAGAAAACGUUUUGACCACGCAUUUACGCUCAAUUCUUUUGCACUUAAGGACCCACACGUGUGUUCUUUUAAAAUUUCACUUAAAUUGUAACCCAAUUACUUUCGCCAACCUAAUCAGUUUUCUUUCUAACUUCACCCCUGCUUGCAUCUUGGUUGUGUUCGCAUAUGCACAUAUUCGUUUGCACGAUUUCAGUGGACAACCUGUCGAAGUGCGUGCCGCGUGCCACGAAUAUACCGUGCCACGCACACUUCUAUCACCACGUGGCAAGUUAUCCAGUGUCAAAGCCGCAUGCUGCUGCUACACACCAAGUGCACCUCUGCGUAGCUGUUGAAGUCAAAUAAGGGGCGUAAGCUGUUUUGCCAAUUUUUAUUUUCUUACGUGGAUGACUUUAAACUUUGAUUUAAAAUAAAAUUUUAUUGUUAGACGUGCUAGCUCAGCUAAAAACAUAAUUCAACAUGGCUGAAGCUGCAAAAAGGGAAGCUCUUCUGGCAGAACUACGUGUUAAACGUGGCUCAAUAAAGGGUCAGGUUUCUAAAUUCCGUGGUUACUUAAGUACAAUCAAAGAUGAUGAAGUGUUAACCGGUGUUAAAGUCAAUGAGCUGACCUUAAGAUUAAAUAAAGUUAUAGAGUUAUCCACGCGCCUUGACGAGCUGCAAACUUCGAUAGAAGUAACUAACUCUGAUAAUCUUGAAAGUGAACUUUCAGAACGGGACAUCAAUGAGACCCAUAUUAACUCGGCUAUAGCUACAGCUCAGAGUAUACUUGAACGCUCUCAGGCUCUAAAAACAUCACCAGAAGCUUCUGUCAAAACCUGUAUCUCAGGUGGCUGUAACUCGGAGCAUCUCGGCUUCAAGCUUCCUCAAAUUAAAAUCUCAAAAUUUGAUGGCUCUUAUUAUAAAUGGAUGGAAUUCAAAGACCUCUAUGAAUCUUUAAUUCAUAAUAAUGAACAUAUUAAGCCCAUCCAUAAAUUCCAUUAUUUGAGUUCCUAUCUUGAAGGAGAGGCCUCACGAGUCAUAGCAAAUUUAGAAGUUUCCACUGACAACUAUAAUGAAGCUUGGAAACUGUUGUGUGACAGGUUCAGUAACAAAAGGCAACUAAUUACUAACCACUUAAAUGCUUUAUUUAAUUUAGACCCCAUACAAAGAGAAUCUGAUAAAUCUUUAAGAUUUUUGAGUGACCAUGUUACUAAAAACCUCCGGGCUCUUAAAACAUUGGGCCAACCAACUGAACACUGGGAUACAAUGCUAGUUCAUUUGUUAUCUGCAAAAUUGGAUACCAAUACUAAUUCAAAAUGGGAAGAGCAUAGAAACACUCUUAAAGAAUGGCCAACACUUGAUGAUUUUAGGGAAUUUCUAAAGAAUCGUGCAGACAUUUUAGAAAACCUAUACCGCUCAAAGCGGGACAAACAAGCUAACCACAAGCCAGAGCCUGUGGCUAUUAAAACUUUAUUUAAACAUGAUAAAAACAUAAAAACUUUCAUGAUUUCAGAAAAACAAAGUGACCACAAGGGUCGGCCGUGCGUCGUGUGCCAUGGUGAUCACAGGGUGUAUGACUGCCCAACCUUUAGAAAGAUGUCAGUCGACGAGCGCUGGUCACGGGCGUCCAGUCUGAAGCUGUGCCAUGUCUGCCUCCGACCGGACCAUGAGACCCGUGCAUGCAAGUUAAAUGGCUGUCGCGUAUGUAGAAGACGACACAAUACAUACUUACACAACACACCAAAUAACACUUCUUCUAGUGGAGCUAGCAAGGAACAGACAGUUCAGGCAACCAAUAGUGCUAUGGGAGAUGUCGCUUGCUCCUCCACUAUGCUAACUUCUGACAGUGCAGAGGUGCCAAACACCUUCACUGCUAAUACUUUGCUUACCAAUAGUGAAGCACUACUUUCGACAGCUCUAAUUGAAAUAGUUAACCCUUUCAAUAAUAAAAAAGAGACUGUUAAGUGUCUCUUAGAUAGCUGUUCGCAAUCGAACUAUCUUACUGAAGCAUUAAGACAACGUUUGCAACUUGAUCUUCAGCCUCUAACUGCUUCAAAUGUUACAGGAAUAGGAAAUACCCCUCUGACCUAUAAGCCUGUACGUUGUGCAGCCCAUAUUAAAUCUAAAUUAAGCGAUUUCAAUGCUAAUCUUGACUUUCUAGUUUUAGACCAAAUAACUGAUCGCUUCCCACAGAAAUAUGUUGAUGUUAGUCACCUUAACUUACCUGCUCAUAUACAACUUGCAGAUCCAACCUUUAAUGUUCCAGCCCAAAUUGAUAUGCUGUUGGGAGUGGAAAUGUUUUGGGCAAUAGUAACAGGUGCUGCAAAAACAUUGCCAACGAGCAAGCGCACCUACCUAAUCCCAUCUAAACUUGGGUGGCUUGUAGCUGGCCCGGUAGAGGGAGCUACUACGCAUAUAAACACAUCAACCACGCGUAGUCAUUUUUGUUUAGCUGAUCUGUCGACCCAGAUGACAAAGUUUUGGGAGACAGAGGAGCUGCCGCCAGAGGCAGACUCCAUCAAAAAUGGGAUUGAGUUCGACUCUCAUCCUAUAGAAAAACAUUUUGUGGACAAUACCUAUCGCCAAUCUGACGGCAGAUUUGUAGUGCGUUUACCUUUAAAAGACACACCAGACUGCUUAGGCAACACAUUUAACAUAGCUAAGAAGCGCUUACUUAACUUAGAAAAGCGUUUUAGUAAACAACCUGAGCUUAAAUCAAUGUACGUUGAUUUUAUAAAUGAAUAUAGAGAUUUAGGGCAUCUGUCGGAGUCUAGGCAAUGUUAUACAGCCAACCACCUCCCUCAUCACCCGGUGAUGAAGGAGAGUGAAUCUACUCGCUUAAGAACUGUAUUCAAUGCUAGUUGCCCAACCUCCUCUGGAUAUUCUAUCAAUGAUAUCCAGCUGGUAGGACCUAAUAUCCAAAACUCUCUGUUCGAUAUAUUGCUUAGAUUCCGUCAAUACAGGUAUGUGCUCUCCGGUGACAUAGAAAAACAGUACAGGCAAAUUUUAAUGAAUGAACUAGACAGAAACCUACAAGUGAUUCUAUGGCGCGAAGACGAGCACUUACCUAUACGCUCUCUCACUUUAAAUACCGUUACGUAUGGCUUUGCUUCAUCGAGCUGGUUAGCGGCUCGAUGUUUGUGGCAGUUAGGGGCUGAGAGCAAGGAUCCUUUGGUUAGGACCAUUAUACAAAAUGACUUUUACUGUGAUGACUUAUUAACAGGGGCAGACUCUGAAUCAGAGCUGCUUCAAAUACAAGCUGGCGUCUCACAGUCUUUAGCCUCUGGUUGCUUUAAUCUGCCAUGUCUCUGGGAACGCUCUGUGGUGGGGGGGGCCCGAGUUUCUAUUAAAGCCUGA